GGUGGAUUAUUCGGAAACCGUGGAGGUGGUUUUGCGCGAAGGGACGCAGUUGAGACCAUAAGAUCAUCGUUGUCAGAACAAGACUAGGCGAUGUCUGUUUUACUCAGUUUGACGAAAUUCCUAUUGAUUUCUUCCACGGUAACGAUAUUAUCAAUAUGUUAUUUUUACAUGGAAACUGGCAAAUGUGCAUCACCGCUGCUUCACAGGACCUACAACUCCAUGCCUAAUGUCACUCGUCAGCAAAAAUCAUGUAGCUGUCCCAGGUCUGGGUUUGAUUUAAGACAAUUUGUGAACAAGGAUAAAUUCAAUGACAUUGUGAAACGGAGAGCUGAAGUGUACGAAAAGGACAAACUCAGAAAAAAGACAAUUCUAAAUGAGCUUCUGUUGGCCCCACCAAACUCCCCUCUGCAAUAUCCAAUCCAAGGAUUCAUUGUCAGUCCUCUCAAAAAGGGCAUCAUUCCAGGUUUAAGUGUACAUAUUGUACAACAACAAAAUUACCAGGUGACACUGAGUGUGAGCAGUGGGGUCCUGGCAGUGGAAAGUCUUCAUGAAAAGGGCAAAGUGAAGGGGCAGGGUGAGAAGGUGCUCUCCAUUUCUGCCUCCAGCCUGCAGUCUCUCAAUGACCUGCUGGGUCAGGUCUCCUACAGAAGCACUGUGUACAGCAUCAAGUCUGGAGAUCUGGUACACUUUACUUUUGGGCAGCAUAAGGCCAUCUUCCCUGUGGUGAUCCGGGAGCCCACAAUACCAGUUCUGUAUGACCUUGGAAAGGAUGUCAACUCCCAUGUGACUGUGACAACUAAGACCUUCCUGAGGUACCCCGAAGUGAACUAUCUCAUCAGAAGUAUCAGAACAUUUUACAAAGACAUCAAGAUCAUCAUUGCUGAUGACAGCAUUGAACCACAGAAAGUGAACGGCACCAACAUUGAGCAGUACUUCAUGCCACCUGCCCAGGGUUGGUUUGCUGGCAGGAACCUUGCUGUCUCGCAGGUCACAACCAAGUACUUUCUGUGGGUGGAUGACGACUUUUACUUCACAGAGGAUACAAAGAUUGAGAAAUUUGUUGAGAUCAUGGAGUCGAUGCCUGAACUGGAUGUGGUAGCUGGGUCAGUUGGCAAAUUGGCAAAUUCCUUCACCCUCAUCUAUGAGGAAGGGGAUGAGGAAGGUGGCUGUUUGACCAGAGUCAAAGGCAACUAUCAGCCCAUUCCAGGAAUCCCAAAUUGCUUCUUCACCUCUGGAGUGAUCAACUUCUUCCUGGCUCGGACUGACGCGGUGCGGAAGGUGGGCUUCGACCCACUGCUGAAAAGAGUGGGUCACUCUGAGUUCUUCAUGGAUGGGCUGGGAGAAUUACUGGUAGCCAUUUGUCCUGAGGUCGGCCUUAACCACCAGCGUCGAAGGGCAAAUGCUGCAUAUCAUCAUUUUCGGAGGCCGCCCAAGAGUGAUACUGACAACAAACUGUAUCUCCACUUCUUCAAGAAUCGUCUGAAAUGUAUGAAGUGGUGAACAUUUGUUGAUGUAGAUAUGAGUACUAUGGAAGUAUUGUCAACACAUAUGUGGAGAUAAAUAUGAGAACAGGGAAACAGCGUAGGAUAUGACAUUUUGGCUCACAGUUACUAUGCAAAUACAACUAUUUACAAGUAUUCAUGUACAAUUUGGGUGAGCUGGUCUUUGCUGCUUCUCAAAAUGUUAGAUUCUAUCGCUGAGGUCAUGUGAUAUUUUCACUUUGGUUAAGUUGUUGGGAGGUUAGUGUGCAAUGCUAGCAUGGCUUUAGUUGGCGGCUUCAGCAGUGUUGUUCGCAGUAUCUACUCGGCACAGAGCUCCACCACCCUCUGCUGCUGCUACUGCAGUUUUGAAGUUUGAUGUAACUUCAGCAACAUCCUUUUUGUGUGCCAGGUUAGCGAGCCAGCACAAGCCACAGUGUUCCAUCAAUUGCAAUUGAAGUUUUAUUGUGAUUCAAUAAUAUAGUUCUCAUUUCAUGUAAUUAAAGGAAUAGUUGUCUUUGGGGAGCAAAAGGGAGUCCUGGCCACCUGUCUAUCACAAUAGUCACUACUCAUUUGUGGUUGUUUUGCUUUUCAUGUUGUUCUUGGUGUACUGUUGAUUGUGCCUGUUUUGGGAAUAUUUUGGGAAUAAUUAUUCUUUUUUUCCCAUCCUGUGUUUUUUUUUUCUAUUAUAUUACUGCUCCAAUUUUGCUGAUUGUUUGUAAUAUACAUUCUUUUAAGAGAUUAUUAUCCAAAAGAUUUAAGCUGUACUAUAUUGCAGUGCUUGAAUCCCUUUUAGAAUGGUUAUACUGCCUGCCAAAGCUAUUUAAAACAACAUAUAGAGACCACUACCUGGACAUGCUAUUGACAAAUGCUCCGCGUAACUGAGAAUUAAGCAAAGAAUCCCCACCAUCUUGACACAUGAAUAUUGAUUGACAGGAUCCAAACUCUGCAACACUUCUGCCAGUUCAUCUAUAAUUACUGUCCAGUCCGCAAGUAUUUGGACAGUGACACUGUUGUUGUUUUGCCUCUGCACAUUGGAUUUGAAAUUAAAGGAUGAAUAUGAA